AUGGGGCUCUACAACCUGACAAUAGCCACUGGCGAAGACCUGGUUGCUGGCACCAUUAAUAAUAUCUCUGUUGUGCUUGUGGGCGUAAAUGGAGAAAGUGCUAAACAGCAACUGUCCCGUCACUGGAGCCAUUUCUUGCCUGGAUCUGUGGCAGUGAUUGAAAUAAAUGUCCAGGAAGAUCUUGGAGAGCUCCUGCUUGUUCGACUUUCCAUGGAACCAUACUUAAAUUUCCGUGUGGAUGAAUGGUUCUGCCAGUAUGUUAAUGUCACCUGCCCCAGUGGACAGAUCUAUCAGUUUCCAUUCUAUCGGUGGAUAUCAAACUUUAGGCCUGUGGAGAUUCCAGAGGGGAAAGGUGGUGUUCUAAAUGAGAAUACUCCCGCCUCUCUCAAGCAACAAAGAAAAGUAGAAUUGAAGCAGAACAGGGAAACUCACAAGUGGAGGGUCUAUGCAGAAGGUGCCCCUCACUGCAUUGAUGUUGCAGAUGACAACGUGAAGAAUCUGCCCACCAAUGACCGGUUUUCCUUUAUGAAAGAUUCCAGCUUUGGCUACACUGUCAUUUCAACUGGCAUAGAAACAAAGCUGAAAGGAUUUGCAUGCAACAUGGAUUCAUGGCAGAACCUAGAAGACAUCAAAAUGGUGUCUACUCUUCUUUAAUCUUGUAUUUCAGAUCGCGUGAGUGAGAUAUGGAAGGAAGAUUCUUUCUUUGGUAGCCAAUAUUUGAAUGGAAUUAAUCCUAUACUGAUCAAGAAAUGCCUCAAAAUUCCAAACAACUUCCCAAUCGGUGAACACAUGGUGGCUUCCUCUUUGGGGAAAAGCUCCUGCAUGCAGUGCUUUCUCACCACAAACCUGAGAGCGCUGCAGAUUUUUCUAAACUCUAGCACUCUGCAUUCUCUUGCAGGCACCAUCAGUUUUCCGCUGCAAACCUGGCAUAGCCUUGCUUCAACUGGUGUGGUUUUUCUUUUGCAGUUAUCUCAGACCCCUGGAGAUAAUGUGCCAAUCUUCCUGCCCAGUGACUCUGCAUUUGACUGGUUACUGGCCAAGAUCUGGGUGCGUAAUUCUGACUUCCAGGUACAUGAAACUGAUACGCACCUUCUCCGCACCCAUCUCUUAGCUGAAGUUUUCUCCAUUGCCACAACCAGGCAACUUCCAAUGGCACACCCACUGUAUAAGCUGAUUACGCCACAUCUUCAAUACACACUGGAAAUAAACACCCUUGCCAGGAAGCAGCUUAUUGGACCCAAAGGCCUCUUUGAUCAAGCUGUGGCAGUGGGGAAUGGAGGGGUCCCAGUACUCCUAAAGAAAGCCAUGGAUGGUCUGACCUAUAGUAGUCUUUGUCUCCCUGAUCAUAUUGAGAGCAGAGGAAUGGAGUCCAUCCCUAACUACCUGUACAGGGAUGAUGGCAUGAAGAUCUGGUUGGCUGUGGAGAGCUUUGUGUCAGACAUUGUUAAUUACUACUAUACAAGUGAUGAAAUGGUCAGACAAGACCCUGAACUUCAGGCCUGGGUGGAUGAGAUCUUCAAGGAAGGAUUCCUAGAAUAUAAAACUUCAGAAAUCCCAUCUUCCUUUGAGGCCAAGGGCUCUCUGAUAAAGUACCUAACUAUGGUGAUCUUUACAUGUUCUGCUCAACAUGCAGCUGUCAACAAUGGUCAGUAUGAUAUCUAUUCUUGGAUGCCCAAUGGCCCUACCUCCAUGAAGAGUCCCCCACUCACCACUAAAGGGGUCACCACCAUGCAAGCUAUUUUACAGGCUUUGCCAGAUGUGAACACUACAGCUACUGGUAUGGUCACAGUUUGGACCCUCAGCAAUGAGCCCCAGAAUAAGAGGACUCUAGGAAGCUACCCUGAUGUACAUUUUACAGAGGAGACUCCACAGAAGUUUAUUAAGGAAUUCCAGGAUAAACUGGCAGUAAUCUCCACGUCCAUCCAAGAGAGGAACAAGACCUUGUCCCUACCCUAUUCCUAUCUGGAUCCGAGCGAGAUGGCAAACAGUGUCUCAAUCUAA